GGCAUACAGUUCACUCUGUUUUCCUCUGCAGCCUUUGAAUCCCCUGUCUCAAUGCUCCGAAACCUCAAAUCUUCCUUCGUGUCUUUUCUCAUGGAAGCAGUUUUCGUCUUCUCUCUGUUCAGAGAAAUGGUUGCCAAUGAAGCUUCCAUGAAAACUCAAUUCCCUUUCGAGUGACAACUCCAAAAACAAAACAAAAAACAGAAACGUUCUGUUCUUUCCUUUAUGCAAAUGGAUUCAUUGAAUUUCUUCGACUUCAGAGCUGAGAAGGCGAACGCGAUGCAAAAGCAUCGCCAGCUUCAAAAGAUGGCAAGCUUGUUCAGGGUAAUCGAGGUAUGCGUUGUUCUUGUCUUGAUUUACAGGCUUUACAUGCAUCUCCCUUUUGCUGUCAACAACUCCGGCGGGUAUUUCCAUGACAUGACAGUCUCCUUCGUUAAUCCUGGCUUCGUGUUCAUCAUCGGAAAUGCUAUAAUCUUCACUCUUUUCGCCAAGUCCGGGCAGUUUUCUGCACGAGAUUGCACAACAAAGCCCUCAGGGUUUGAUCUUUAUCAGGAGUUCAUCAAGAACAGAGAAAAAAAUCAGAAAUUUCACCCAGAAGAGACUUGGCUCCUUUACAAUCACAGUAUAUCUGAUCAGAGUAAAGCUCAGAAUUACCGAAGAACUCAGAGUUACUCUCAGAUAUCAAACAGCAGAGUGUGUGAGAAAUCUCCCCAUGUACUACGACGUUUGGAGACACAGAAAUGCAGGAAAAGUUCAUAUUCUGAGGAUGAAAUGAGCAACGAAGAGUUCCAGCGAAAGGUGGAGGCUUUUAUUUCCCGGCAGCAAAGGCUUCGAAGGGAAGAAGAGUAUUCUAGAUCUCUAUGUAUUUGACUACUUUCCCCAAAUAGGGUCAAAACAAUUGUCAUAGAAAUUCCUUCCACCCAAUUCGGAGAUAACUCUCUUCUUUGAAAUUUACUUUUCUUUGAAAUCUCCCAACUUCUUGUUUGAAAUGUUUGAAAACUACAACCAAAAGGCAAAA